AUGAAUAUUCCAUCUAGUUGUCCAAAUAAUAAUCAAAUUCAAACAUCCCAUAAAAGAUGGAUAUAUGAAAAUAAUAAUAAUCAUUAUCAAACAACUCUAUCUCCAAUACAAUCCACCACAAGUUAUACUACUUAUCAUCAUAUGCCUAAUUCUAAACAAUAUACUAAAUAUCCUAAUUAUAGAACUUAUCUAUCAUCUAAAUCAUUCCUACUAGAUGAUCAUUAUGAAUAUGAUCAAAUGAAAUCAAACUAUCAUCAAAACAAUCAUCGUUAUCCUCGUCAAAUCAAUAUAAAUAAUAAUGAUAAUCAAUAUUAUUCAGAACAAUCAAAACAAUCAAUGGAAUAUUUUAAUCAUUAUCAUUUAAAAAAUUUACAUAUACCAUUUACUCCAACACAACGUAAAUUAUUAUUAACCAAAGAGGAUUGUUUAUUAUUACCACCAGGAGGUUGUGACAAUUGGAUAGAUCCUUCAACGAAUUUACAACGUUUAAAAGCUUCUAAUUAUAAAGAAUAUUUAAAAUUAAAUCUUGGCUGUCCAAAAGAUAUCCCUGAAAUAUGUAAUGAAAUGUUUCCUACAUUAUAUACAAGAAGUAAAUGGAUUAAAUCUAAUUUUACUGUGUCUGCUAUAAUACGUAUAUCUGGUACAUUAUGGUGGUUUGGUAAAAAUGAUCAUUAUCAACCAUUAUUUCGUUUUCAUAUAUUAAAAACAUUUGAUUCAGAUAUACAUCCAUAUGAUGAAAAAAUGAUCUUAACUUAUUCAUGGCCAUUACAAUGUAUUUGUAUAGAUGAAAUUAUAAUUGGUAAAAAAUAUUUAAUGUUAACUCAUUCAUUUAAAUCAAGACAAACAUUGCAUAUUACAAAGAAUACUGUAUUUCUAUCACGUGUAAGACGUUAUACAAGAAAAUUGGCGUGUUGGAAAGGUGCAUGCACUAUAAGAUCUAGUCGUAAUCGUAAACGAAGUUUUUAUAUACAAUCAAAUAGUAAAUUACUAAAUCAUAAUGAUAGAAAAUUAAAAUAAAAUUUAAAAGAAAAAGAAAAAAAACAAAUAAAUAAAGGAAUCAAACCCCACCUCCACCUUCACACCCACCCCCAUCAACAUUUUUAUUGAAAACACUUAUAGUAACCAAG